ACUCCCUAUUUUUACUUUGGAGGGGCGAAGGCAGGGCUACCCUUGCCAGCCACCAUUCUCCAGUCACUUCGCAGCUGUGGAAAAGCAGCCGUCCUGUCCCUUCAGAAAGGAACUCAUAUUUCCCCCUCGAACUUUUCUCGUCGGUGUGAGAGAAGGGCCCUCCAUUUUCUCCUCAGGAGGCUUUUGCGGCCCGGCUUCCUCUCACCACCAGGCCGGGAAGGCAGUGACGCCGCGGCGGAUGUAGCCGCGGCGGCCGAGGUUUCGCCAUCUUGAGUGGAGGAGGAGCCGCGGUCGCCGCCAUGCGGAGAGGCAGGGAAAGAGGGAGGAGGCGGCGGGCAGGCGAACGGGCGAGCGAGGGAGGGGACAGAGGAGCCGAGUUAGCUCAGCCCGGCGGCGACUUCGGCGGCGCCACGAGAGCGGGCAGCGGAGGAGAUUGACGUGAGUGAAUUCAGACAUAACUCAAGCUUGUUAGAGGGCUUUUUAAAAAUAAAAAGUUGAUUCCGUGCAAGGGAGCAAGUUACUGCUGCUUACCGUUCAGAGACUUACAGGUGCUUGCCUGCAUUGCAAUAAAGGACUCAUUUAUUGAGCAAGACUUAUUUAUCUCUUCAUUUUGGAGAGCCUAAUAAACUGUUAUUACAGUUUCUCUACUGACUUUCAAAAGUUUUGAAGUUUGAAAGACACCUUUGCAACUAAAACAGCAUGAGCACGGCCAGAACAGAGAACCCUGUUAUAAUGGGUCUGUCCAGUCAAAAUGGUCAGCUGAGAGGCCCUGUGAAACCCACUGGUGGCCCUGGAGGAGGGGGCACACAGACACAGCAACAGAUGAACCAGCUGAAAAACACCAACACAAUCAAUAAUGGCACUCAGCAGCAAGCACAGAGUAUGACCACCACUAUUAAACCUGGUGAUGACUGGAAAAAGACUUUAAAACUCCCUCCAAAGGAUCUUAGAAUCAAAACUUCGGAUGUGACCUCCACAAAAGGAAAUGAGUUUGAAGAUUACUGUUUGAAACGGGAGUUACUGAUGGGAAUUUUUGAAAUGGGCUGGGAAAAGCCAUCUCCUAUUCAGGAGGAGAGCAUUCCCAUUGCUUUAUCUGGUAGGGAUAUCUUAGCUAGAGCAAAAAAUGGAACAGGCAAGAGCGGUGCCUACCUCAUUCCCUUACUUGAACGGCUAGACCUGAAGAAGGACAAUAUACAAGCAAUGGUGAUUGUUCCCACUAGAGAACUUGCUCUACAGGUCAGUCAAAUUUGCAUCCAGGUCAGCAAACACAUGGGAGGGGCCAAAGUGAUGGCAACCACAGGAGGAACCAAUUUACGAGAUGACAUAAUGAGGCUUGAUGAUACAGUGCACGUGGUGAUUGCUACCCCUGGGAGAAUCCUGGAUCUUAUUAAGAAAGGAGUAGCAAAGGUUGAUCAUGUCCAGAUGAUAGUGUUGGAUGAGGCAGAUAAGUUGCUGUCACAGGAUUUUGUGCAGAUAAUGGAGGAUAUUAUUCUCACGCUACCUAAAAACAGGCAGAUUUUACUAUAUUCCGCUACUUUCCCUCUUAGUGUACAGAAGUUCAUGAAUUCCCAUUUGCAGAAACCCUAUGAGAUUAACCUGAUGGAGGAACUAACUCUGAAGGGAGUAACCCAGUACUACGCAUAUGUAACUGAGCGCCAAAAAGUACACUGCCUCAACACACUUUUCUCCAGGCUUCAGAUAAACCAGUCGAUCAUUUUCUGUAACUCCUCUCAGCGAGUUGAAUUACUAGCCAAGAAGAUUUCUCAACUGGGUUAUUCUUGCUUCUAUAUUCAUGCUAAAAUGAGGCAGGAACAUCGAAAUCGUGUAUUUCAUGAUUUCCGAAAUGGCUUAUGCCGCAAUCUUGUUUGCACUGAUCUGUUUACCCGAGGUAUUGAUAUACAAGCUGUGAAUGUGGUAAUAAACUUUGAUUUCCCAAAGCUGGCCGAGACCUAUCUCCAUCGUAUUGGAAGAUCAGGUCGCUUUGGUCAUCUUGGCUUAGCCAUCAACUUGAUCACAUAUGAUGAUCGCUUCAACCUGAAAAGUAUUGAGGAGCAGCUGGGAACAGAAAUUAAACCUAUUCCAAGCAACAUUGAUAAGAGCCUGUAUGUGGCAGAAUACCACAGCGAGCCUGUAGAAGAUGAGAAACCUUAACAAGCAUGCUUUGACAAACUACAAAAGGCUCGUUUGGAUCUGUGACACAUCGUUUUGGGGGGAAUGCUCUUCUCUUUGUGGGUUUUUCAUCUUUUAUUUUGGAACUACGAAGACUUAAAAGAGCUCAGACAUUUUUUCUUUUUUUAACUGGUGAAGAGAAAAAGGCUGAAAAGGAAUAUACCUUUUUUGUUCCACUUGUUUGCACUGUGUGCUGACUGAACAUUAGUUGCACUAACUGCUGGUUUUUAAAAAAUGUUUUCUGGGGAAAGGGGACAAGGAAGGAAAAGAAAGAAGAGAAGGGGAGAAACCCUAAAAAGAGAAGAAUCUUAAUGAACACACAAGCUUGUCUAUGAUUUCAAAAUUCUCCAACAGCUGACUCUCGAGUGCAUUUCAACUUCUCCCUGAUUACUCAUCCGUUUUUUAAGCCUGAAGAGCUUAUUACUUAUUUGUGCGAAGUGCCUUAUGCUAUGAGACCAUUCAGAAUAUCAUCUUUUAGACACAGCCCGAGGAAUCAACAAUAGUAACUCUUUCUUUCCUUUUUUCUUUUUCUUUUAAAAAAUGUUGUCUUUUCAUUUGGUUUCAAGUUGAAGUCUCUUCCCUUUCUACCCAAUACUCAAGCCCAGGGCUAGAAGUUGAAACUUACUAGUAAUGUUAAACACCAUUUUUUUUUUUUUUUUUUUUUUUGUGGAGGAGUUGAUAUGCAACUGCAGUUCAUCCGCACUGUAAAUACAUGUAUUUAAAAAAAAAUCCCAAGUAAAAGUUUCUUCUGGGCUGAGUAGAUAAAACAUCAUCGCUCCCAAAGGAAAGAGCAGUCUAUCAUUGCAGGAGCCGUAUGACAAGCCUUUGUGCUCUACAGCAGACACUGAAGUCUGGUUUACACACGCCUCCCAUAGCAGUAUGGCACUUGAUGUGUAGACAUGUCAGAGCCUUGACCCUCUUUCCUCUGUGGCAAAGCGUGUCCCAUAGAAAAUUGGGUGUGUAUACUUGUAUAAACUUUGUAAAUAAGUUUUUUUUCUGGGUUCAUAUAUAUAUAUAUAUAUAUACAUAUAUAUAUUUUUUUUUUUGGAUGAAGGUUGCUGGGAUUAAGGGGAUUAGAGUGAUUAUGGGAGCAGCUAAAGAUGAGAGGGGCUCAGUUUUACGCAACACUAAACUCUAGAGAGUACUUUGGCCUCUUGCUGUAGAGAGCAGAUUUCUGUGGUACCCUGUGUUGGUAAAGGGGCCCAGAAAUCUGGGAUGUACUGUUUGCUGCCACACUGUCUCAUCUAGUACCUUUGGAGUAGGUUUCCCAGAGAGCAAGGAAGCUUCAAAACAUUGAUAAUUCAAGAUUUAUUUUGAGAAGCUCUGAUUUUGCUUCUUCCCCCUCUAAAAGUUUGAGGAAUAUUUCAAGCUCUGCAACAGGGGGCAAAGAUAGAUUAAUCUACCUUGCAGUGUGGGAAUUCUAUUGAGUGGCAGUGUCAUUGAGCAGUAUAUAUAUAAAGCACAGAUUUGCAUUUCAGAAUAUUAGCCAGUACCAGCUUUGGUAACGUUAGCAGUUCUGGAGCUUAAUUUUCUGUGGAUCAUUUCCUGUAGUGUGUAAAUGUGUUGCCCUCUGCCCACUUCGAUACGUAAACUUUUGCAGGAAUGGGCAACCUGAGAGCUGUUAACUUUCAUGCUACAGAAUGCUGCUUGCCAUUCUCUUGCGUUGUGACAAGAAUUGUUAUAUGUCAUUUUGCACUGUAAAUUGCCGGCAAAUGCUUUACAGUCAAUAGUGUUGCUUUAAAUUGUGCCCCUCCCAACAUGCUUGAUGUUUGGCCUGAUCUCCAGGCAAAAGGAGUGAGAUGAAUCAAAACCAGUGAAGUUUUUUUUUUUUUUGGUUUUUUUUUGGUUUUUUUUUUAAAUGUUUUUAAUUCCCUUUUAACCCAGUGUACUAGGUCAAUCAGGAGGCAUCGGGAAAGGGGGGAAAAAACAAAAUUUAAAAAAGUUGAUUUCCAUAUUUUAUUGUUUUUCAAAACCCUAAAAUAUUACAAAAUAAGUCCUGCAUAUACUUUAAUGUUUUAACUCUUUUGGACAAAGAAAUCAAUUACUUGAAGUUGCUUUUUUGACUCUGCCUACUUGUGAGCAAACGAUUUGUGACUCACCCACAAUUCCUUGGAGAUCAAAAUCCUACAGAUGCCUCCUGAUGGGACAUAGCCCUAACUCCGUAACAACUGUAGCAAGAGCUGCACGGUACAAAACCAAAAAAGAGCAAGCUCAUCUAUUUGGAACCCAAGCCUCAUAUGUUCUGUCCAGUUAAUGUUGGUUACUAAAUAGAAAACCUAAUUAAGGAAGUAACUUUUUUUCCAGGGAGGGGUGGGAGAGGGAAUUUAAAAGGUGUCAACUUUUGACCAAAAAAAUUUUGCCCUUGUACCGAUGCAGCUCUCUUUCUCCCCCACCUCUUGCGAGAUAAGAGGGAUCAUUCAUAUAGAAGAAAAGAGUAUAAAUGCAAUUCUGUAUCUCGCUAGAGAACAUGUGGGUGACUAAACAAAAAGUGCAGUCUCCUUUGCUACCUUGAGACUGCCUGGUGCCACAUGCCUGUGGGUCCCUCUUAAAGCACAGACUUAAAAUUGAAAGUAUUACUGAAGUAUAGCCUCUAAUGAGGAGUGGCACUUAAACUAUCUGGGACACCACUACUGGACAAGGUCUUGUAGAGGCAGCUGUCCAGUUUUGGUGCUUGACUCUUGAAUAGGAAUUGUUUAGUGGAAAGAUGCUCUAAGGACUAGGUCAAAGCCUGGUCUUUUUUUUUUUUAUUUUAUUAUUUUUGGUUUUUUUCUUUUUUGGGCCCUCAUAAUAAGGAGCAUUGUUACUCUUGGAAGUUGUUUUCACAUUCUUUCCAAUAUUGGAUAUGUAUUUUUUUUAAAGUAACAAUAUUUUCCAGUGGCUCAUUUGGAUGAGAACUACCCCCUAUUUUUAAUGUUAAAACUACAUCCAACUCAUGGUUUAGCCUUUGGUUGUAUAGGUGUGUAAUGGGCUAUGGACUGUUACACACCUUGCCACCUCUAGGCCUAUGUUUUUUCUUUCCCCAUAUAUUCUCGAUGGGGAUAAAUACUGUUUUGCCUUUCCCGUAGGAAUGGAAUACGUUUAUUGUAAAAUGAUCUUUCACAGAAGUACGGGAGAGGGAAACCUAAAUAUACCUCUAAAUUGUUUCAAGUUGGUCCCAGCAGCAUAAAAUGGGUUGGCCCCAAAGGGUUGGAGGGUGGGCUUGGUUAUCAGUAUUUGUUUUCAGAAUGAGAUGGGAGCAUCUUUCCUUUGCCACGUGCUUUGUGCUUGAUACCAUCAUGCUUGGUUCAAACGACAACUCAGCACAAAGCCUUGAGUGUAAAUUGUUGGAAUCAAAACAUCUCAUUCUGAUGACAUUUAAUUUUUUAAUUUUUUUUUUUUAAUGGGGUGGGAGGGAGGGUACUUUGCCCCAAAAGGGAGGGUGUCUGCACUAAGGAUUUAGAAACACUUUGGAAGCUCAUAACCUCAUCAGAAACUGCCUUUAGCCACACUCCUGACCUUCUAGAUGAGUAACAAAAAAUGAAAUAAGUUCUUGGGAAUUAAGCCAUGUUAUUUUAAUUUGCUAUUUUUUCAACGUUCUUGGUAUCUUUAAAUUUGUUAUUGUGGAAUCAUUUUCUUGCCAAAUACCUUUAUCAAAAUUAUUGGCUUCAUGAGAGCUGAAGUAAGUCAGCUUUUUGGUGAACUUGAGUAGACUUCUGUGAGAUUGUAGUUGUACAUUAUAUCUCUAAAGAUAGUUUUUUAAAACUCCCAAAGAAAAUCUACUCUCCUUUCUGAUCUAAAAACUCAUCUUUGGAGUAAAGAGUUAAGUGUCCAAAGGUUGUCACAGUUCAUGAGGUCAGAGGGAGCUAGCCUGGCACCUGGACUCUGCCCCUCCACAGCUGACAGAUUCCAACAGAAGUGUAUUUAAAUUCUCCAGUAGACAAUGCUGGGCAAGGGAGGGGGUAGGGCUGGGUUAUUAAGAUACAGGCUGCUGUGUUUUAACCAUUGGUUGUGGGGAAAGGGGUGCCUGGAGAAAACAAAGUCACUGUUCCCUUUUUUGAAACAAAGGAAAAAAAUUAUUUUUUGUUCAGUAAAAAUGGUAGAGAAUUCCAAUGUCCCUAGCCACAAGGGACCAGUUCCACUGAGAAGUGAACAGUGGGAACUCAAAAUUUCUGAAACAUCGGGGGAAGGGAAAAUUGGCUUUCUCUUAAUUGGCAGAUGUUCCAGUGGGGCUCUGUUUUUGUUGGGAUGUGUUAUGUUGUAUGUACACAUAUAUGGACCAGAGUCUGCUGAGUUUAUAAGGUUCAAAAAAUAUGGUAAAAUCUUGGUUUUUGUUAAUUUAUCUCAAUAAAAACCCACUGGAACUCCAAA